UUCCAGGCCGCUCAGGCCUUGUGAAGGAGGCUAUUUAUGCGCAUGCUUAUUUUAUUAUUAUUGUAUUGUAGCAAUGAGUUUUUUGGGAUAUACGGAGAAGAUAUCUGCAGGGGAUCUAGUGAUUGUGUGCAGGGGCUAUGAGCGAAUGUUUGCUGUGAAGAUAGAGUCUGGUGCUGUGACACAAGUCAAAGGUGGAGCUGUACAUCAUGAUGGACUUAUAGGGAAAACAUUUGGGUCUAAAGUGUACACCUCCAAUGGAAACAACUGGGUUAUAGUGUUUCAUCCGACCCCUGAGCUUUGGACUUUGACCCUUCCCCAUCGUACUCAGAUCAUCUACACACCAGAUGCUAGUAUGAUAUCUCUGCAAUUGGACCUGCGUCCAGGGUCAAAGGUCAUUGAGUCAGGUACUGGUAGUGGUGGAUUGUCCCAUUCUCUUGCUAGAAGUGUUGCACCAAAUGGCCACUUGUACACAUACGAGUUUCAUGAUCAAAGAGCUGCUCUAGCAAGGGAGGAGUUCAGAGGUCAUGGUCUGAGUGAGGUGGUGACUCUUGAAUGCAGGGAUGUGUGUACUCGUGGGUUUGGACUCACAGACACUGUGGAUGCUGUAUUUCUGGACCUGCCCAAUCCGUGGUUAGCAGUUCAGCAUGCAAAGGAAGCUAUCAAGGUGACUGGUGGUAGAUUGUGUUCAUUCUCUCCAUGUAUUGAGCAAGUUCAAAGGACAGUCAAAGAGUUACUCAGCUCUGGGUUCACAGAUAUUGACACAGUCGAGUGUUUACUGCGUCCCUUUGAUGUCCACCCACACAGUCUAAGUGUGCCCAAUAUUGGAGGGGCUGAGAGUGUCUCUAGACUGGUCCGUCCCACGCUCUCCACACAAUCCCUCUACACUGCUCAACCCACCACUAAGAAGAUACCAGGUCACACUGGGUUCCUCACAUUUGCAACUCUGCCACACAAACAAUAAUAACUUGUUAUCAAGACCCUUGAUGUUAUUCUGUGCAAUAUUUUGCUGAAUUAUUCUUAUUCUUGUUUUCAACAAAACAAUUGAUACCGUAUUACUAGAAUAUUUUGCG